AAUAUUUAUAGUUUUGUAUACGGUGUUGACGAGAUUCUAACAAUUUGCAAUGCAUGAUGUAAAGACAUUUUUAAUUGUUUAUUUAUGAAAGAAGUUAUAGUCUGAUCUAACUAACAUUCAAAUGGAGAGUCUAAAAGUGAACGCUGUGUUUAAGAAUAUAUAAGUAUUUUAUUGGGACUGUAAGGUAUAUUGAAUAAAAAUGUCGAAGAAUGGCGAUGUGCCGUCAAGUCAAGGACCCAGCAGGCCGUCUAUGCCAAAGCCCGAUUUGAAUUUAUUUACCUCUGAUAAAAGAAAAAUAUUAAACCUGCAGCUUGGAGGGCCAUCAGCAGAUAAUGCUGCAUUUAUGCCAUUCACUUCUACCGCAGUUCAAAGAACUCGUGUACCAUCUAGAACUAUUAGGGAUGUCCUCCCAGAAAAUACUAGAGACCGUUGCAGAAUAUAUCCAUCAAUGCAGUCCUCUGGAAAACUACAGCUAUCGGCCACUGAAGUGUAUGAUUUUACUUCUGAUGAUCUACAAGAUCUUGGUGAGAUUGGAAGAGGUGCAUUUGGGGCAGUUAAUAAAAUGGUCCACAGAAAAUCAAGUAAAGUCAUGGCUGUAAAAAGGAUUCGCUCAACUGUAGACGAAAAAGAACAAAAACAAUUGUUAAUGGAUCUUGAAGUUGUGAUGAAGAGUAAUGAAUGUCCUUAUAUUGUACAGUUUUAUGGAGCUCUUUUCAAAGAAGGUGAUUGUUGGAUCUGCAUGGAAUUAAUGGAUACAUCCCUAGAUAAAUUCUAUAAAUUCAUCUGUGAACGGAUGCAAACACGCAUACCAGAAACAAUAUUGGCUAAAAUUACACUAGCUACUGUUAAAGCACUAAAUUAUUUAAAAGAAAAAUUAAAAAUUAUUCACAGAGAUGUGAAACCAUCAAACAUUCUAUUGGAUAGAAGGGGCAAUAUAAAGUUGUGUGACUUUGGUAUAUCAGGUAAACUGGUUGAUUCAAUUGCAAGAACACGUGACGCAGGAUGCAGGCCUUACAUGGCACCGGAAAGAAUAGAUCCCGGACGCGCGCGCGGUUACGACGUGAGAUCUGAUGUUUGGUCGCUCGGAAUCACCCUGAUGGAGGUUGCUACUGGUGCAUUCCCAUACCCACGGUGGGGAUCUGUCUUUGAACAACUCCAACAAGUAGUACAGGGAGACCCACCUCGUCUUACAAACAAAAACAAUUCGUUUUCAAACAAUUUCAUCAAUUUUGUUAAUACUUGCCUUAUUAAAGAAGAAACACAGCGACCAAAGUACAAUCGUUUAUUAGAACAUCCAUUUAUUAAGGGUAUUGAUCAAAGCCGCGCAGAUGUAUCGGCGUAUGUGUGCGAAAUUCUCGACUCCAUGGAACGUAAUGGAGUAAGUCCCUUUACCACUGAUCAACCAGCACAGGCAUGGGUUGAAUAAAUUAUAAUUAAUACAAAAAACUUACUUGGUCCUUUGACAUUACACUUCACAAACUUUUUAAAAUUAAUUCAUUGUAAGAAUUUACACAUUACUAUGUAUUCAAAUAAGAUUAGCUUGCCUAAUGAAUAAAAGCAGAGUUCAAAUUUCACAUCUAUUUUAUACUGUUUUAAAUGUAGUAUAAUUAUUAUUGAUAGGGAAAGUAGACAAUUUAUUCCUUAAUUUUAUUGCAACACACAGCACUUGCAUAUUAUUAUGUAUUUCAAUAGUAAUUUUUUUUGACAUUGAAAAAUCCCUAUUAAAUAAUCAGAAAGCAUUGUAAAUAUGAGUUGAUUUAAGUAGCAUGACUUAUGAACAAAUUAAAAGUACACCAAAAAUGAGAAAUAAUUAAAUAAAUUAGUUGUUUUUAUUUUAGCUAUCAUUGUCAUUUUUUUUAUUGAUAACAGUUUAACAGAGUGUGUAAUAUGACAAUAGAUGUAAUAAAAAAAAUGGCAUACUCUAGAUGUUAUAAUAAAUGGGAUUUAAUUAAAAAUUUUUUUUUUUUCUUAUUUAUCUAAAUUUUUAUUUUGACUUUUUAAAAAUAUAGCUUAUAUCCUUCUUAGCCUUGAGUUAUACAAUUUAUAUGUAGAAUUUAAUUUAAGCAUUAAAUUUGUUAUUCUCACAAAUAAAGUAAGUCAUUUCAAUGUCAAUGUUGAAUGUUCUGUAGUCUUGGAUCAAGAUAACUUCUAUGAAUCCUGUAUGCAAAAUACUUUUAUUAUGAUUGCUUCUGUACAAAAUUAUCAAGUUUUUUACUUUUAUGUCCCCAAUGCUGAAUUCUAUUAUAUAAAUGUUAUUAAUGUUACACAGUCCACAUGCAUUUGUAGGUAUUUUGAGCAAAUAGAUUUUGAAAUAGUACAAUAAUUAUCAAUUCAGUGAUGUGAGCCUGCAAUUUGGUAUGGGAGUUAUCUAACCAUACCCUUAACAGAUAGUAUAUUAUUUUCACUCUUUAAGUGUAAAUUGUUAUUAAGAAAAUAUAUACUAAACUGUAUGUUACCAGAUACAAAUGCUAUGCUUAGUAACCUUUGUUAUGCGGCAGCCAUAAUCAAUUUUAUAUUUAUGAAAAUAAUUGUAAAUGUACUAUUGUAAUUUUGUACAUACAAAUAUUGAAUGUGAGAAUUAUUAAUGAUUGAACAUUUGGCAACAAAGAUAAGAUAUAUGUUAACAUGAAUUAAAUCAUUACAUUUUUCUCCAUGCAUGUUGGUUUAAUUGUGAAGCAAUAGAAAAUAGAAAGAGUACACAUAAA